AUGAGACUCUUUACUGUCCUCGCUGUCUUGCCGGCUCUUGGUGGCCUUUGUCAAGCUGCCUACAGAGGCAAUACCCUCCGACCGGCAGUUGAAGCUGACUACGAUGUCAUCAUCGUCGGAGGCGGCCCGGCAGGCCUCAGUGCCGCAAGUGGUUUGGCCCGGGUCCGUCGGAACGUCUUGUUGAUUGACUCGGGAGAGUAUCGAAAUGCUCCCACUCGGCAUUUACACGACGUGAUUGGGUUUGACGGAGUCACGCCGGCAUACUUUCGCUGGAAAGCACGCAACCAGAUCCGAGAAUAUGGCACUGUCAGCUUAGUAAACGGCACAGUGACCAAGAUCCAACCGCAGGCGGAUCAUUCUUUCUUCACAGUCUCCGCUGACUAUCCAGAUGAGCAUAAUCUUACCUUCACCGCUCGGAAGAUCAUCCUCGCAACAGGGCUCCGUGACUUGAUUCCCUCCACGCCGGGACUCCGCGAGAAUUGGGGCAAGGGCAUAUACUGGUGUCCGUGGUGUGACGGCCACGAGCAUGCAGACCAGCAGCUGGGCAUCUUGGGGCCUCUGGAGAAGGGACCCAACACGCCUGAUCAACGCACCGCCACGGAGGAAGACUUUCCGCAGUGGGAGGAGUACCUGAAGCUGCACAGCAUAAACAUCGACAACCGCAUCAUUACAUCCAUCGAGAGGCUUUCCAAUGGAACCACUGGUGAUGAAGAUCCUAGCUUACCGUCUGUCCCCGAGCACGACCUCUUCCAGCUCAACUUUGAAACUGGCGACCCGGUGCUGCGGGCCGCUAUCCUGACCAACUUUGAAACGGCGCAAAAGUCAACUCUGGGGGAAGAGAUUGGCGUGGCUCUAUACGGAGGCAAGCUCGCUGUCGAUGCAUCGCGAGGCUUGGUCACGAACAUCCCGGGCGUAUUCGCCAUUGGAGAUGCCAACUCAGACAAUACUACCAACAUCCCGCACGCCAUGUACAGCGGAAAGAAGACUGCUGUCUACAUCCAGGUUGAACUGGAAACUGAAAAUGCGGAUGCAGAGCUAUCAGUCCAGGCUACCAAGACGAAGAGAGGGUUGGAAAAUUACAUGCGAGCUUUAUGGGCACGCAUGAAUGUGCCAGGCGAAGUUCUUUACGCAGGGGAUUUUGAUCAAUGA